CCACGUUAAUGUGUAAAAUAAUUUUGAAAUUGUAAUCGAAAUAACAGUUUUGUUGUGAUAAUGAUUUUACAAGUUAAAAUAUACUUGAUUGCAACGUUGUACUUUUUUGGUGCAUUGUUCAUUCUAUUGUUUCCACCAAGAAACUACGUAAUGUCAGGGGCGAAAAUGCGUAAAGUGAGAAGCACAGGGCAAAAAUUAAGAUUUACAAACUAUAUGGAUUACAAAAGCCUAUUGCAUGUCGUUGAUAAUAUGGGUCGAGAUGACCCGGAGAUCGCUCGCGUUGUUCACUUGACCCCCCGCACCGCUAACAAUAAAAGCAUUCUAUCCCUUGAGUUGCAAAGUGACAGGCAGAGUAAAAAACCAGGAAUACUUGUAAUCGGAACAAUAAACGGUAUGACAUGGGGAACGCCAAAUGCAGUUAUCGAACUAACAGACAAAUUACUUUAUGAUAGUAAUUACCAAACACCGUUUUUCAAUGAUUAUGAUUGGUAUAUGAUACCUCUAGUAAAUCCAGACGGAUUGAAUUUCACACAAAGUCUACGUAACCGUAAAUCUUUGAAUGUGGAGCAAUGGUGCCGAAACUUGACGGCAAGUAAUACUACUCGGCCCAGCUUUUGGUAUAAAAACGUCGAGAAGGAAAUGGCAAACGACUCUUGUUUUGGUACAAAUAUAAAUCGCAAUUUUGCAUAUCACUGGCAAGAUGAUGUCCACAAAACUCCAGUGCGUUGUUCUCAAUAUUACCCUGGAGACAAACCUUUCUCUACGGCAGAGGCGAUAGCACUUCGGACGUACGUUCAUCAACUAGGUGAUAGGAUACAUCUCGCUAUACAUCUACAUGCAAGCUUUGAAUUUAAAAAGGAGUAUAUUUUAUAUCCUUGGCGAUAUUCACUCCGGCAACACAGCAACUAUCAAACUUUGCAAGCGAUAGGAGAAUACGCAGCGAGAAACUCGCGAUCGACUGACGGCCGACUUUAUGAGGUGCAUCAGGGCAGUAGCGACGCGCGUAUUGCGGGCACUCUGAGUGAUUACUUAGCGGGUGUAGUCGGCACAGAACUGGUGUAUGUUGUCAAACCCUACCACGAAAUGUACCCAAACUAUACUGAUAGAUCAGCACUUGAAUUAUACGUCGGUAAGUCAAUAACAACAAUUCUCAGUCUAGUGCGGGGCUGGAGGAAGAGCACUAAGUUAAAUACGCUAUCCUUCUACGGUCGGGACGUCGAAUUUUAG